AUGACGGCGGCCCUGAAACGUUCGAGACCACGGUACUCGAGUACGGAUAGCACGACAUCAGGACUCUUAUCAUGGCACGAAGUACCUGUAUGGCAGCAAGACAACGAGUAUAUCGUAUCUGGUUACAGGCCAACGUCUGGCUCAGUGCGGAUGUCCAUCGCCAGCCUAGCUUCUUGGAACAACCAGACUGUCAACUCUUAUUCUCAUCUCAUAGGUGCCGCAAUCUUUGCAGUCCUUCCAUUUUAUUAUUAUGCAUUUAUCUUUGUUGAGGAAAACAAUGCACUAGCCAUGGAUCUGGUAGUAAUGUGCGUCUACUGUUACGGCGUGACGACUUGUUUCAUCUUUUCAGCAAUGUUUCAUACCUUGUGGAACCACAGCGACCGUUAUGCGCGGCUCUACAACAAGCUUGACUAUCUCGGAGUCCUUGUCUUGAUGUGGGGAGCAGGUAUCCCGACUAUCUUCUAUGGUUUUCUAUGCGACAACGCUCUGAGAAGCAUGUACUGCAUGGUGACAACAAGCACCGCUAUGUUUUGCACAUACCUCACGCUCUCCCCCCAAUUCGCGUCGCCACGCUUUCGACGCUGGCGUGCGUGCUUCUUCGCAGGAUAUGGCUUGAGUUCCAUGAUGUUUGUUAUGCAUGGCCUCCUUCUAUAUGGAUGGGAGAUACAGAAAACCCGUAUGUCACUAAGCUUCGCAGGCUGGGUGGCUGUGUUCAAUCUCAUCGGCGCGGCUAUAUAUGCGACAAGGAUCCCUGAACGAUGGUGUGCUUAUUCAUUUGAUAUAAUUGGCGCAAGUCACCAGAUCUUCCACAUGACGGUGAUUGUUGCGGCUUGGAUUCAUUUUCGAGGGAUUGUCGAAGCUUUCUCUGCGGUACGUGCCACACCGUCUACCUGCCACAACUAG